GGGCCCCGGGAGGCACUGGGUCCCAGAGGCCCGGGCCAGCGUCCUGAGAGGCGUGCAGGAUCCUUGGCAAGGGCCUUCAGUGCAGGUGGCUCCUGCAGAGGGAACGAAAGGAGCUUCUUUGGGCAGGGUCGCCAAGACUCCCGAGAGCAGGCCACUGGGGGAGAGCCGUGGGGGCUACUGCAUGUCUGAGGACAGUGACAUCAACAUUACCAGCGAGGAGGAGGACCGCAAGGAGCAGCCUCUCCCAGGCCCCCGAGGCCCCAAAGACAAGGAAAAUGGUAGUGGCCGUGCGCCCCGGGUUCCCCUGGAGAGCCGGGCAGCACCACCAGAGGGCCUUUGCUGCUACAUCUGCGGGUCAGCGCUGUCCCCGGCCUCGCAGCACCAGAUCCACGUGCAGAAGCAGGAGAAGCUGGCCCAGGCCCCCUUCUUCCCCUUCCUGUGGCUGCACAGCCCGCCCCCGGGGGCACAGCCCAUCAGCGAGGGGGGUAGCACCCUGGUGUGCCCCUGCUGCUUCUCAUCCCUCAUGCAGCAGUGGCAAAGCUUUGAACUGGCCAGUGUGCCCGUCCUGCAGCGGCUCUACGUGGUGCCCCUGAACAGCCACGCUCCCGGCAUGGCCUUCAAGGGCAGGCGGCUCCUGAGGGAAGAAGGCCCCCCCACCGGGUCCCUGCCGGAGGCCUGCUACCUCUGCGGGGAGGACUGCACCCAGGACGCCCGGGCCGUGGCCUCCAGGAGCCUCAACGGCAACGCCAGGGCCUCCAUGCAUUUCCCCUUCCUCAGCCUCCUGCCCUGCCCGCCCAAUGCCCAGGGCCCCAACAAGCGCUGUGAGGUCCGCAGCUGCCCCAAGUGCUUCAGCGUCCUGGAGGACGUCUGGGCCCUGUACCGGGCCUGCCAGAACGAGGAGCUCAUCACCUCAGUGCAGGGCUUCCUGGGCAGGUACCACCAGGCCUUCUCUGCCUCCGACCCUACUCUCUCCGAGCCACCCUUGUCAGCCCGGGGCAGCCCGGCAUCGGUCUGUUAUAUCUGUGGGGCUGAGCUGGGCCCCGGGAAGGAGUUCCAGCUCAACGUGAACCCAUCCAGCCGCUUGGGUGAGAAGGAGCCCUUCUUUCCCUUCCUCACCGUCUAUCCGCCUGCCCCGCGCGCCAGGCCUGCCGACGCCACCGGCCUGGUGGCCACCUGUGUGCUCUGCUACCACGACCUGCUGGGCCAGUGGCUGCGGCACGAGGCCCGCGGUGCCCACCACGCCGUGAGCCCCUGGUCUCGGCAGUACCGCGUGGAGACAUUUGUGUGCUUCUUCUGCCAGCAGGAGAAGAAGCGUUGUCUCGGGCUGAAGGCCGUGCGUGUGGCCCGGCUGCCCUUGUUUCUCUACACUCUGCGAGCGAGCCACAGCCUGCUAGUGGAUGACGGGCGGCAGCUGGUCAUCGGCGCCUGCACAGAGUGCGGGACCCUGGUGUGCGCUGGCCAGGGGCUCCCUCGCCAGGCACCCGUGGGCUGGAGCUCCCCGGUGGCAGCUGCGAGGAAGGUCACAUCUGCAUCUCUCGAGACAUCGACAGCCAUCCACCCUCCCGCCCAGGAGCCUGAGCCUCGGCCGGGUGCCCCAGCAGAGAGCCUGCCCAGGGGCCCCAGGACCAGCCAGGAGCAGGGGCCAGCCCGGUGUCAGCAGAGCAGCUUGGAUGGGGCUGGCCCAGACCUCACGGGCACAGGCAUGAGCCAUGAGCCCAAGUCCCCUUCGCUAGGGAUGCUCUCCACCGCGACCAGGACCACUGCCACCGUCAGCCCCCUCACCCCCUCGCCGCUCAAUGGCGCCCUGGUGCCCAGCGGCAGCCCCGCCUCCAGCAGCGCGCUGUCGGCCCAGGCCGCACCUUCCUCCAGCUUCGCCGCCGCCCUGCGCAAGCUCGCCAAACAGGCGGAGGAGCCCAGAGGGUCUUCACUGAGCAGCGAGUCGUCCCCCGUCUCCUCUCCGGCCACCAAUCACAGCUCCCCGGCCAGCACACCCAAGCGCGUGCCCAUGGGCCCCAUCAUCGUCCCCCCCGGGGGACACAGCGUCCCCAGCACGCCCCCCGUGGUGACCAUCGCCCCCACCAAGACCGUCAAUGGCGUCUGGAGGAGUGAGAGCCGCCAGCAGGACGCCGGCUCCCGGGGCAGCGGCGGUGGCCGCGAGCGCCUCAUUGUGGAGCCCCCACUGCCCCAGGAGAAGGCGGGGGGCCCGGCCAUCCCCUCCCACCUGCUCAGCACCCCCUACCCCUUUGGCAUCUCGCCUAGCUCCGUGGUGCAGGACUCCCGCUUCCCACCGCUGAACCUGCAGCGGCCUGUGCACCACGUGGUGCCCCCCAGCACGGUGACCGAGGACUAUCUGAGGAGCUUCCGGCCCUACCACACGGCUGAGGACCUCCGCGUGUCCUCCCUGCCUCCGCUCGGCCUGGACCCAGCCACCGCCGCGGCCUACUACCACCCCGGCUACCUGGCCCCGCACCCCUUCCCGCACCCGGCCUUCAGGAUGGACGACUCCUACUGCCUGUCAGCCCUGCGGUCCCCCUUCUACCCCAUCCCCGCCCCCGGCUCCCUGCCCCCACUGCACCCGUCGGCCAUGCACCUCCACCUCUCAGGGGUCCGCUACCCUCCUGAGCUCUCCCACUCAUCCCUGGCGGCACUGCACUCGGAGCGGAUGUCCAGCCUCAGCGCUGAGAGGCUGCAGGUGGACGAGGAGCUGAGGCGGGAGCGGGAGCGGGAGGCCGACCGCGAGCGCGAGAAGGAGCGGGAGCGCGAGCGCGAGAAGGAGCGGGAGCGCGAGAAGGAGCUGGAGCGCGAGAAGGAGCGGGAGCUGGAGCGCCAGCGGGAGCAGCGCGCCCGCGAGAAGGAGCUGCGAGAAGGGGCUGCCGCCAAGACGCUGGAGCCCGCCUUCCUGCCCGUGGCCGAGCUGCACGCGCUGCGGAGCCACGCCGCCGACGAGCGGGCCAAGCCCUCGGAGCAGCUCACCCCGACCCGUGCAGACAAGCUGAAGGACGCGGGCCUGCAGGUGCCCAAGCCGGUGCAGCACCCCCUGCACCCGGCGGCCGCCCCGCCCCACGCGGCGCCCGGCCUCCUCGCCGGCCAUGGGCUCUUCUCGCUGCCGGGCAGCAGCGCGGCCACGGCCCUGCUCCUGCAACGCACCAACGAGGAGGAGAAGUGGCUGGCGCGGCAGCGGCGCCUGCGGCAGGAGAAGGAGGACCGCCAGUCGCAGGUGUCGGAGUUCCGGCAGCAGGUGCUGGAGCAGCAGCUGGACCUGGGCCGGCCGCCGGCACCCGCGGACCCCGAGCACCGGCCGGAGAGCGCCAGGCCAGGACCGACCCGCCAUGAGCCGGGCAGCCGCGAGCCCCCCCAGCACUUCGGCGGGCCCCCGCCGCUCAUCUCACCCAAGCCCCAGCACCCCGCGGUGCCCACGGCCCUCUGGAACCCCGUGUCCCUGAUGGACAGCUCGCUGGAGCCGCGGCGCGUCCCCGAGGGCCACCCCCUGCAUGGCCACCCCGCCCCGUUCGAGCCCAGCCGUCCAGCUGCUGUCCCACUAGUGAAGGUGGAGAGGGUCUACUGCCCGGAGAAGGCGGAGGAGGGGCCCCGCAAGCGCGAGGCCGCACCCCUGGACAAGUACCCGCCGCUGCCCCGGGAGCCGGGGGCCCUGGAGCCGCAGGCCUUCCCCCCCGGGCCCGGGCCCUUCCUGGCGGAGCUCGAGCCAGCCACCCCGACUGUCUUGGGCCAGCCCCGGGCCUCGCUUGCCCCACCGGCCACCUUCGGGGAGCCCCCCGGACCCCUGAAGCCAGGCUCGCCCUACCGGCCCCCGCCACCUCGGGGCCCCGACCCGGCCUACGUCUACGACGAGUUCCUGCAGCAGCGCCGGAGGCUGGUCAGCAAGCUGGACCUGGAGGAGCGCCGGCGGCGGGAGGCCCAGGAGAAAGGAUACUACUACGACCUGGACGACUCCUACGACGAGAGUGAUGAAGAGGAGGUCAGGGCCCACCUCCGCUGCGUGGCCGAGCAGCCGCCCCUCAAACUGGACACAUCCUCCGAGAAGCUAGAGUUUUUGCAACUUUUUGGCUUGACCACCCAACAGCAGAAGGAGGACUUGCUGACCCAGAAGCGGAGGAAGCGCCGGCGGAUGCUGAGAGAGCGCAGCCCGUCGCCCCCGACGGCGCGGAGCAAGCGGCGGACGCCCUCACCCAGACUGGCGCUGUCCACCCGCUACAGCCCCGACGACAUGAACAGCAGCCCCAACUUCGAGGAGAAGAAGAAGUUCCUGACCAUCUUCAACCUGACCCACAUCAGUGCCGAGAAGAGGAAAGACAAGGAGAGGCUUGUUGAGCUGCUCCAGGCCAUGAAGCAGAAGGCGCUGUCCGCCGCGGUGGCAGACCCGCUCAGGAGCUCUCCGAGGGACAGUCCUGCCGUGUCCCUGAGCGAACCCACCACGCAGCAAGCCUCCCUGGACACGGAGAAGCCCGUGGGCAUCGCCGCCUCCUUGUCUGACGUCCCGAAGGCCACGGAGCCUGGGAGGCUGGAACAGCUCCGGCCUCCGGAGCGCGUCCAAGAGCCAGCCCCUGCCGGCGGUGAGAAGGCCAGGCCGAGUGAGGCCCCCGGGGGCAAGAAGAGCCUGAGCAUGCUCCACUACGUCCGGGGCCCCGCGCCCAAGGACAUCCCCGUGCCACUGUCGCACAGCAUCAAUGGAAAGAGCAAGCCGUGGGAGCCCUUUGUGGCGGAAGAGUUCGCGCACCAAUUCCACGAGUCCGUCCUGCAGUCUACCCAGAAGGCCCUGCAGAAGCACAAAGGAAGCGCAGCCGUGCUGUCGGCAGAGCAGAACCACAAGGUGGACGCAUCCGUCCACUACAACCUCCCCGAGUUGCAGUCCUCCAGCCGCCUGCCUCCGCCCCAGCACAACGGGCAGCAGGAGCCCGCCACCAGCAGGAAGGGCCCCCUGGCGCAGGAGAUGGACCCCGACUCAGAAGAGGAGGACGACGGGGAGGACGAGGAGGAGGACCCCCCCAGGCACAAGUGGCAGGGGAUUGAGGCCGUUUUGGAAGCUUACCAGGAACACGUGGAAGAGCAAGACCUGGAGCGGCAGGUGCUGCAGGCGCAGUGCAGGCGGCUGGAGGCGCAGCACUACAGCCUCAGCCUUGCGGCAGAGCAGCUCUCCCACAGCGUGGCGGAGCUGAGGAGCCAGAAACAGAAGAUUGUUUCAGAACGGGAGCGACUCCAGGCAGAACUGGAUCACUUACGGAAGUGCCUUGCGUUGCCUGCAAUGCAUUGGCCUAGAGGUUACUUCAAGGGUUACCCGAGGUGACGGUUUCCCUUGCACUAGGCCGAACCUAUAGUAUAGAAAUAUUAUCUAUUUUAUUACCUUGAAUAUUUAAUAUUUUUCACUGGGAGGUUUGACGCUUAAAAAAAAAAGAGAAUGUGCCAUGCAUGAAGCAAAGGAUUCCAGGCUCCAGAAAAAAAAGAACGAACUCGCCUUGACUUCAAUGCAGUUGAAUCACCUUUGUAAUUCAGCAAGCAACCCGUGUUAAGACACCCAUAGUUUUUUCCUUUUUAAUGGCGGUUUUAUCCUUUCCCACGUCAUCAUUUUUUAGUCUCAAGAUGAAGGCUCCAUUACCAACACUAAGAUGUGACCACUUCCCAGCCCCCGGGUGCGUAAGGUGGAGCGGACCGCCGGGGUGCCGUGUUGUGUGUUGCCAGGUCCUUUGGCCUCAGGAACCCAGGCUGCUCUGGCCGUAGGGUGGCCGGUCUCGCUCCUCCCCAGGAUUGAGACCCGCUCCAGCAGAAGGAAGGUGGGGUGCAUUCUAAGUAAAGGGCUUAUUUGUUUCAGUUAUUUUUCCGCAAAAUUUUCCUCAAAGCAACAGGUCCUAGGAGCACACAAAGCAACAGUACUGAAGCCUCACCCGAAGGCUUUUCCCUGGAAAAGCUCUUACCUAAAGAUAAAAUGAAUCGACAAACUGAAGGUACCUUUUUAUUCCUUCGCGGGGGAAGAUGUACAGAGCUCUAUGUAUACAUUUAUCCACACCCACCCGAUUGUUACUGCGGUGGGGGUGUUUUCAUACAAACGUAAAUUUUGAGAGAAAAGUCAAAGGUGCUUCAGCCUUGUACUGUGUAUAUAUAUUAAAAAACAAAGUUUUGUAUGUUUUUAUUACUUUAA